CCCUCCCUCCCUCACCAUCCGCCAUCCGCCGUCUCCGCUGUCACGUCGACUAGCUACAUACCACCAGCUAGCUACACACUGAGAUUUUAUACUUUAUAUUGUUGACGCCUUCGCGGGAAUAGGCUCCCUCCCCCCCACGACUCAACAAAACACAACACGCACAACCUCAAAAAAUGCCUCUCAUCCCACCCUCACCCACCCCCCACGCCGUCCUAGGUCUCCUGACCUUCGGCCCCGACCCCACCGGCGGCGCGCGCAUCACCUCCCUCCCCGCCUUCACCACCAUCCUCGACGUCUACCAGUCGCGCGGCUACCACGAAGUCGACACCGCGCGCACCUACGGCAACGGCACCCAAGAAGCCUUCACCCGCGCCGCGGGGUGGAAAGAGCGCGGUCUCACCCUCGCUACGAAGUCUCUCCCCGAAACGCACCACGGUCACAGCGCCGCGAACUUACCUGGGAAAGUUGAGGAGAGUCUGAGGGAGCUGGGAACGGAGUGCGUGGAUAUCUUCUACCUCCACACCGCGGACCGGAGCGUGCCGUUCCCUGAGACGCUGGAGGCGGUGGAUAAACUGCACAAGGCCGGGAAGUUUGUGCGUUUCGGACUCAGCAACUUCGCUGCCUUCGAGGUCGCGGAGAUCGUCGUGACGUGCCAGAUGCGCGGAUGGGUGCGUCCGACGAUCUAUCAGGGGAUGUAUAAUGCGCUCACGCGCGGGGCGGAGGCUGAGCUGUUCCCGGCGCUGAGGCGGUACGGGUUAGCGUUCUAUGCGUAUAACCCCCUCGCGGCGGGGAUUUUCUCGGGGAAGUAUGUGUCUGAGGCGGAGAGGCCGGAGGAGGGGCGGUUUUCGGAUGUUGAUGGGAAGAGGGGGGAGAGGUAUCGGGAGAGGUAUUUUAGGAGGGGGGUGUUUGAGGCGUUGGGGGGGGUGAGGGGGGUGGUGGAGGGGGAGGGGUUGACGCUCGUGGAGGUGGCGAUUAGGUGGAUUGUGCAUCAUAGUGGGUUGGAGAUUGUGGGGGGGGGGAAGGAUGCUGUUGUUCUUGGGGUGAGUAGCUUGGCGCAGUUGGAGCAGAAUCUUGAUGCUAUGGAGGCGGGGCCGUUGCCGGAGGUUGUGGUUAAGGCUUUGGAUGAGGCUUGGAGGGGUGUUAGGGCUGAGUCAAGCGAUUAUUGGAUUGGAAAGCUUGAGUACGACUAUGAUACGAGGAAGGCGCUUUUAGACGUCUGAGAGAGUGAGUUUGGGUAGGAGUGAAAAACUGAAGUAACGAAUAACCGUGAGACAGAGACAUAGAGGGCAUUGAGACUUAGACCUCAUAGAUCAAUCCCAGGAAGAUAAACCCUUCAUGCAGUGAACUCCAUAGAUAAUAGUUAGUAGUAAGACAGACCCGGACAAGAUCAAGCCCGUGAUACCGUCUUAUGGCCAAAAAAUAUUAAAAAAUUAACAAGGGCAAACCCUUCAUGCAGUGCACUCCAUAGAUAACAGUUAGUAG